AUGCCCGAUCCAAACACAGCCGAUUAUUUGGUGAACCCGAAUUUCAAGACGAGUAACAGGGACUCCGUAUCACCAGCACCCGAAGCUUUCAAUGGUACACGAAUUGCCGCACCGGCUACGUUACGCAUGAUGGGCAAACAGUCCGGAUCAAAACAUGACCAGCAACAACCGCCAUUGAUGCCUCCUGCGGAUAUCAAACAGACUAAUGGACAAGCAGAUCAAAGACAAAGCGACGCAGCCGUUUCUGUCGGCAGUAAUAACAAUAGUACGAAUGGGAACAUGGAGUUCAGGCAAUUCCAUAGAAAGUCUCUGGGAGACUGGCAGUUUUUAGAAACCGUCGGCGCAGGCUCUAUGGGGAAAGUCAAAUUAGUCAAGCACUGUCAAACAAAAGAAGUUUGUGUAAUAAAGAUUGUCAAUAGGGCUUCCAAGGCUUAUUUGCACAAACAACACUCUUUACCUCCACCAAAAAAUGAAAAUGAACUAUUGGAAAGACAAAAAAGACUGGAAAAGGAAAUUGCUAGGGACAAGAGAACCGUUAGAGAAGCCUCCUUGGGCCAAAUUCUCUAUCAUCCUCACAUAUGUCGUUUAUUUGAAAUGUGUACCAUGUCGAACCAUUUUUACAUGCUUUUUGAGUACGUUUCCGGUGGGCAACUGUUGGACUAUAUUAUCCAACAUGGUUCAUUAAAGGAGCAUCAUGCGAGGAAGUUCGCAAGAGGUAUUGCUAGCGCCUUGCAAUACUUACAUGCUAAUAAUAUCGUUCACAGAGAUUUGAAAAUUGAAAACAUCAUGAUUUCUAAUUCGGGUGAAAUCAAAAUCAUUGAUUUUGGCCUUUCCAAUAUUUUUGACUCCAAAAAAAAAUUGCAUACGUUUUGUGGUUCAUUAUACUUUGCGGCACCGGAAUUAUUAAAGGCACAACCUUAUACGGGACCGGAGGUGGAUAUCUGGUCAUUCGGUAUAGUUCUUUAUGUUUUGGUCUGUGGUAAAGUACCCUUUGAUGAUGAAAACUCAAGCAUACUACAUGAAAAGAUCAAAAAGGGUAAGGUGGAUUACCCAUCCCAUUUAUCCAUCGAUGCCGUUUCUUUACUGACUAGGAUGAUCGUUGUGGAUCCGUUAAAAAGGGCAACUUUAAAAAAUGUCACUGACCACCCAUGGAUGAAUAGAGGUUACGAUUUUAAGACUCCAUCAUAUGUUCCUAAUCGUGUUCCAUUAACACCGGAAAUGAUAGACAGCCAAGUCUUGAAAGAAAUGCACCGUUUGGAGUUUAUUGACGAUAUUGAGGAUGCAAGAAGAUCGUUGAAUCAACUGAUCACUGAAAGAGAAUACAUCCAAUUUUCACAGGAGUAUUGGAACAGAUUAUCCAACUCCAAAGGAUUGAGUUCAAGCUUAAACAACAAUCAUUUGAAUUCCACUGCAAACCAAAAUCCAAUUCAAACUCAGCUUUCAAACAGCCAAUUGACAAAUGCUACUCACGAACAAGAUAAUAGUUUUGAUGAUCCCACUUCAGCAUAUCAUCCAUUAUUAUCAAUUUACCAUUUGGUAUCGGAAAUGGUUGCACGUAAAAUAGCUAAGUUACAAAGAAGACAAGCGUUGGCACUGCAAGCGCAGUCACAACAAAGGCAGCAGCACCAAUCAGUAUCUAAUAGCAAAGCUGCUUUGACGAAUACGUCACCUGCGGUUAUGAAUAAACUGAGAAGUACACAAAAGGAAUCACUUUCUAAUACUGGUAUUUUCCAAGUACCUGCAACCCCCUCACCAGGAACGUCAAAUAACUCUAAUUCACCAAAGAAACCCCCAUUACGUGUUAUGGUUCCUCCCAAAUUAACAGUACCUGAACAAGCGCAUACUUCGCCAACAUCUAGAAAGAGUUCGGAUAUUCAUACCGAAUUAGCUGGUGUCUUAAACUCUAGUCCCGGUCCUAGAUCUGUGGAGUAUCAACAAUGUUCGGCGUCACCAGCUUCAGUUGAAGCCCAAGAGAAAAAUCUAAUCGGUGGAAUCUUUAGAAAAUUAUCUCAAAGUGGGCAGUCCCAUCAGCAGAGGCAACAAGAACCACUUUCCGAAAGACAACCACCAACUUAUAUGCCGAAAUCAAAUGAAAAUUCUAUGAGGGUACCGAAAAGUCAUACUCGUACUAUAUCAGAUUAUAUUCCAAGUGUUAGGAGGAACCCUUCCUAUAUGACAAACUCUGUUGAUACAAAGGAGCGCAAUACUGUUAAAAGUACCGUUAUAAUACCUCCGGCAAGGUCUGCAUCACAAAAGCAAAGCAGCAAUCUACCUGCUCUACCUCAGGACGCGGAAUUGAUUGUACAAAAACAACGACAAAAAGUCCUAAAAGAAAAUCUCGAUGAAUUGCAAAUCAGUGACAAUAACAAUAACAGCAACGUGAACACUGCAAAUAUCGAAACAAAUACCGACAACGGUGACCAUUAUUUAUCUGUUCCAAAUAACCGUAAAUUGCAUCCUAGUGCAAGAGCCAAAUCAGUGGGGCAUGCUCGUCAUGAAUCUUUGAAAUUCACAAGACCACCUAUCCCAGCUGCUCUUCCGCCAUCGGAUAUGACUAAUGAUAAUGGAUUCUUGGGAGAGGCAAAUAAUGAGAGGUACAAUCCUGGAAAUAGAAACUUUUUGGCCGUACCAGAAAACUCUAUGGUGCAUAACGAUAAUAAAAUUGAUGAUGUCAGCAACGGGCCCUUUCCUAUCUAUGUCCAAGAAUUCACUGAAAAGCAAAUCUUGGAAGAAGCAUCAAGGGCUCCUCCUGGAUCCAUGCCAUCUAUUGAUUAUCCAAAAUCAAUGUUUUUGAAAGGGUUUUUUUCAGUACAAACCACCUCCUCUAAACCGUUACCUAUCGUUCGUCAUAACAUCAUAUCUGUUUUAACAAGAAUGAAAAUUGAAUUCAAAGAAGUCAAAGGAGGGUUUAUAUGUGUCCAACAAAGGCCACCUAUUGCGACUUCGGUAGUACCUGCAAUAACAACUAGUGAUGUGGGCUAUGAUUCUGGAAAAUCAGUGAAUCUCCAAACCAGUUUAGACAACCAAUUAUCAAGCAGUUACCAUAGUUCAACAUCCACAGCAUCAAGAAGUAGCUCGAUAAGGCGCCAAGGCUCUUAUAAAAGGGGACAGAGUGGUAUACCAUUGACGCCUCUCGCAGGUAGUACGCAUCAAAGGAACUCAUCCAUCCCUAUGUCUCCAAUUUCUGGAAGUCAAAGCAACGGUAUAUCUGAAGAGCUCUCAUCCGCAUCAUUGGAGUAUAUUCAACAGCAGGAUGAUAUCUUAACGACGUCAAGAGUCCAAAAUAUAAAUGACAUAAAUGGUCAAUUCGAGCAAAACAACGUUUACGAUAAUAAAGAAAGGCCUCCAAUUAGAUUUGAAAUUCACAUCGUGAAAGUGCGUAUUGUUGGGUUGGCAGGUGUGCAUUUCAAAAAGGUUUCUGGUAAUACCUGGUUGUAUAAGGAACUAGCAUCGUACAUCUUGAAGGAAUUAAAUCUAUAG